CAGUUGAUAUCGAAUUCUCGCAGUGUUCAGCGGUGUUGAGCUUAACGUAAACGGAGAUUCUCACAAAUUAAUUGGAAUUUAAAAAAAUAAUCGGUGUAAACAGUGAAUAUUGUGCAAAUUUUUCGUGUUGAAAAAAAAAAGGAUUUCCACAUCUGAGGCUAUUUCAAGCUUUGUAUACACAAUUUUCCAUUUCAAACCAAGGUCUUAUUCGAUUGUCUUAAGAAUAUAUUAAAUUUUGUCUUCGAUAAAUUUAAAGAUCAGAGGUUAAAAAUCCUUACAAAAAAAAUUUAAAGAAAAAUAUCACUCAUACACCCGAGUGAACCCCUGAAACAAUCUACCACCAUCACCACGGAGUAUUUACAAAGACGGAAGCUUUCAGCCAGCAAAAUGCGUUCUACAGAAUUUCACCGGAAAGCUAAAACUCCAUCUAUAGACCGUGAACGUGACUACAUAGGCUUUGCAACACUUCCUGAGCAAGUUCAUCGAAAGUCUGUGAAACGAGGAUUCGAAUUCACGUUGAUGGUUGUCGGAGAAUCUGGCUUAGGAAAAUCAACCUUAGUCAAUAGUCUUUUCUUGGGUGAUUUAUAUAAGAAUCGAGUAAUUCCCAAUGUCGAAGAACGCAUCGAAAAGACAACACGCGUUGAAAAGAAAACAAUGGACAUCGAAGAGCGUGGAGUUCGCCUGAGACUAACUGUUGUGGACACGCCUGGUUUUGGUGAUGGCAUUAACUGCGAGGAUAGCUGGAGAGUGUGUACAGGAUAUAUUGAUGAACAAUUUCGACAAUAUUUUACAGAUGAAAGUGGUCUCAAUCGCAGAAACAUUCAAGAUAAUAGAGUGCAUUGUUGUUUGUACUUUAUUCCACCAUGGGGUCAUAGUCUCCGACAGAUGGACUUAGAUCUAAUUCGACGUCUCCAUCGCAAAGUAAACAUUGUACUCGUUAUUGGCAAAGCCGAUUGCCUCACCAAGACCGAAGUGCGAAAACUUAAAGAACGCGUUCUCCAAGAUCUAGAAGACAAUCAUAUCGAAUUAUAUCAAUUCCCAGAUUGUGAUUCUGAUGAAGAUGAAGAAUUCAAACAACAAGAUCGUGAGCUUAAGGCUUCUAUACCAUUCGCAGUUGUAGGAAGUAACACAAUUCUAGAGGUGGCUGGUAAAAAAGUCCGCGGACGUCAGUAUCCCUGGGGUGUGGUCGAUGUAGAAGAUCCUGAGCACAGUGAUUUCAUUAAACUCAGAACCAUGCUUAUAUCGACUCAUAUGCAAGAUCUUAAAGAUACCACCCAGGAUGUUCAUUAUGAAAACUUUAGAGCUCAGUGCAUUUCACAGAUUUCGCAACACGCUUUGCGCGAACGUGGCAAGCUAAAGCGCGAUUCAAUCAGUUCAAAUGGUUUUGAAUCGACAAUAAGCGAAACAGAUCGAUUACUUUUACAGAAAGAUGAGGAAAUCCGUCGAAUGCAGGAUAUGCUCACACAGAUGCAAGAGAAACUCAAGGCAACACACAUGAUGGAAAUGAAAAAGAACGACAGUGUUAUAGACGUUUAGCCGUGGACAAUUUUCUUUUUUUCUUUUUCUAUCUACUACCAAUUAUGAAAUUCAACAUAAAAAAGGAAAAUUAUAUUUUUAUUACGCACAAUACAGAUGCAAUGAUAAAUCAACCAAAAACAAACAAAAAAUACACAGCCUCUACAGCAAAUAAAUAACAACAAAAACCAACAUUCUUGCAAAACAACGAGCCUUUCUGCGAAUUAUUAAUAUAAAAAGGCAACGAAAAUAGCCCACCAGGACACUUCCAGCGAAAGGACUUUCAUCAAGACAAAACUAAAAAAAAAAACAAAACGUAUUACCUAAAAUAUAAAAAAAAAUUAUGUAUUAAAUAUAAACUACCUACUAUCUCUGGACC